GCUGACCAGUUCAGGAUGCUGCACAAUUUGAGAAGCUUGAUUUUCCUCAGUUGCAUCGUUGGUUCUCUUAUGAAAACAGUGAAAUACAACUUUGAUGAUGACACUUGGGAAAUACAAAGCUUCGUAAUAAACACUGAGAGAGAUAUUGAACAAUUGUCCCAAUUUGCAGAAUAUUCGUCGAUAAACUUCAAAUGGCCAACAAUGUCAACAAUGAGCAGCAAAAUGUUUGCAAAAUUACCAGCGUUGAAUGACUUAAAAAUUGACAGAGGAAAAGUACCGACUGUUGAAAUCGUGCCUCAAUUGGAACAUCUACAGCUCGAUAGUUGUCAAACAAUCGAUAUCAUUAUAAAUUCAGCUCAAGAAUUCAAACUGAAAUCGUUGAUUGUGUGGAAAACUUCGCUUGCUAAACUUCCACAAAGUAUCACUUCAUUAAAGCAAUUAACUCAGCUAGAUCUAUCAGAUAAUCAGAUUGAGUUCAUCAAUUUAGACGAGUUUAGAGGAUUGCUGAAGCUAAGAUCACUACACUUGCAUUCAAACAAAAUUGAAAAGAUAACUCACUCACCUCAAGCUUCAAUCAACCUUCCAAGCUUAGAGCUAUUUUAUUUGCAUGAAAAUCAACUGACAAACCUCAGCUUCGAAAAUUGGAAUGCAACAUCAGUGCGACAUCUCCACCUGCACAGAAAUCGAAUUCCAAUGGCAGUGUCAGUACUUAGUGCAUUCCCCGUUCUACGGGAUGUUCGGAUUCACGAUAAUCCUCUUUACUGUGCUUGGAGGGAUUUCUUGAUUGAAGAACUUUUGGUGAGAAAUGUGAAGAUCUACAAAGAGGACGAAUCAAAAUGCCUUGAUAGAGGUGAAAUCGAUGCAAAACUUGAAAUAUUUAGCUAUAAAAUGUGGAGAAAACAUGAUGAACUCCAAAACAAAUUAGCAUACGAACUUAACGAUAUUAAAAAAUCACAUCAAACUACAAACCAUCAGAUUAUUGAAGAAAUCCGAAAAUGUAAUUCUACGAUCAGCGCUACUGUUCAAAUGUUCAAUAAUAAGUUCAAUGAAAACGAAAAACAAUUUAAAACGCUGGAAGCAAAUAUCACACAACUGUGUCAUAAAAAUGACGAUUUGACAGAGUCUUUUUAUCAGUUCGCCUUAGAACACAUCGACGAUAACCAAAUUGCUGACGAAACACAAGAAGAUAAAGUUGAUAUAGGAUUGAAUUGGCAGCAGCAGCAAAGUCAACUGAAUCAGAUUGAGCAAAGUUUACAGAAAAUUGAAGCUAAGCAGAAUGCACUUAUCGAGAAUCUGCGGAAAAUAUCACUGCUUAGUGUGUUGAUGUCGAAUGUGUCGGAAGAAAAUUGAAUAUGUAUUAUCAUUCACGAAAGACUACUCCAAAUAAAAGCAAAAAUA